AUGUUCCUGGCCGCCGUUGCGCGCCCGCGCUACGAUCACCACCUCAAGCGCAUGUUCGACGGCAAGCUUGGUAUUUGGCCCUUUGUCAAACGAAUUCCCGCCACAAGGAACAGCAAGAACCGUCCGAAGGGCACGUUGGUGACGACCCCACUGAACGUCGACGCCAAGGUGUAUACGGCCAGGUUCUCAACAAUGUCGUCCCCGCAAUCGCGGCCAAGUUUCCUCGUGCCUGUUUGCAACGUGGUGUUCUCAUCCAACAAGACAACGCAAGCCCGCACAGAGUUGUGUCGACGGGUGUUGGUGGCGAAUGGGGUGCAAUCAAUAGGCAUCGCGGACCAACUACCAAACAGCCCCGACUUUAACGUUCUAGUCUAA